AAUUCACACUCGCAGCAUCUCACACCAAUCGAGGCCGGCCAUGGCUCGCCCUGCAUGCCAGCAGCAGCUCGCCGUCGUGCUCCUCAUGCUGGCGCUGUUCCUGGCGGCGCCGUCUGUGAUCAGCGCGGUGACGUGCGGGCAGGUGGCGGGUUACCUGAACCCGUGCAUCAGCUACGCCAUGGGCCAUGGCAGCGCCCCGCCGGAGGCCUGCUGCUCCGGCGUGAGGAACCUGAACGCGGCGGCCCGCAGCACCGCCGACCGGCAGGCCGCCUGCAAGUGCCUGAAGCAGAUCACCGGCAGCAUGCCGGCGCUGAAGCCGGACAUCGUGGCCGGCAUCCCCAGCAAGUGCGGCGUCGACAUCCCAUACCCCAUCAGGCCCUCCACCGACUGCGCCAAGGUGCAGUGAGAGAGCAAGAAGCAUGCAUGCAUGGUGAAUGCUAAUAAAGAUCGAUCCAUCGAGCUGCAUGUGAUUACUUGUACAAGCACUUUAUUAAUUAUUUACUCAUCAACGCCUCCUGCUGACUAAGGAUCGAUGAGUGAGAGAAUGAAAUUAAAGAGCCUCGAUCGUUAUACAGCAUCCAAGGACCAUGUACUUUCUUAAACCAAAUCAAUCAACUACAGGUCUCCUAAGCUGCUA